GACUGAAAGAUCACUGAUUACUACAAUGGAAAAGUCAUGGAUGCUUUGGACCUUUAUUGAAAGCUCACUGUGCCAACCAUUUACAAAAUUUGAAAGUGAAAGGCAACACAGAGGCAGUCAACUUCUGCUCCACAUCGACUCAGCAGCAGUGUAUAGAAAGAUCUGGCUCAGCAGCAGUGUAUAGAAAGAUCUGGCUAUAUGGACAGAAGCUGAUAGCCCACUUUGGAAAUAGAGGCAUCCCAAGAGAGUACUUGGAAUAACCUAUUUGAAUGUUUUUAUGCAGCAGUGUUGGAGAAUGCAAAGUCAAGGUCAGAGGAGAAAAAAAGCACACUUCACAUACCAGUGGAAGGUAGUGAGAUUACUACCCACAGGUGUUCGUUAUAGUCUUGGAUCCACCCCAGAGAAAGCCUUGUGACAGAAAGUUCUACUAAACUGCUAACUGCAAUCCUCAUUCCUGAGUCUUACGCCUAGACCUUCAGCUAGAUAAUUGAGGACCUUGAAAAUUGACUGAUAUAAAAUUGUUAUAAAAUGAAGCAGCUUCAUAUGACAGGAAAUGAUCUGGCCGUUUUGGUCACUUAUUCUGGAUGCCCUUAGUUUCACAGUGCAACUGACAAAAUGGAUUAUACCUCUGAAGAAGCUGCAACUGAAUAUUCCCUCUGACUUUAGUAAGGAAAGUGCAAGGAUGAAAUCUGUGGACUAUUUGCACACCGUCCAACAGAAGGAUACCACCUCCUCUCCUCCUGCCCCCCAUGCUGUUGGGUUGAGCAACAAGGGACUUUUCUCUGUCGUAUUCCUGUGGCUUGCAAUGCUCCUGUCCUCUUGUCUUGCAGCAGUGUCUCUUUACCAUGUUAUCACACUGAAAGCAGAAUUAGCAACUCUCCGCAGCGAGCUGAUCUACAAGGUUCAGUCUAGAUCACCACUACCCCAGCCACUGGUAUCUCUGGACAAGCAUAAAGUGGAUAUCCCUACUUUCUCCUCCUUGCAGAUAGCAGCAAGUACCAAGCAGGAAAACAGGCUGCCUGCUUCUGAGGCAGGUGAAGGUGACCCAAAGAAAGGCUGGAAUGAAGGUAGAAGCAGGGAGAGACGGUCACUUCAACCCACAGAAGAAACAGUGCUACAGGCCUGUUUGCAAUUGAUUGCUGAUAGCAAAAGUGAUAUCCAACAAAAAGAUGAUUCAAGCAUUGUCCCAUGGCUUCUCAGCUUUAAACGAGGAACAGCUUUGGAGGAACAAGGAAAUAAAAUAGUGGUCAAGGAAACAGGUUAUUUUUUCAUUUAUGGCCAGGUUUUAUAUACUGAUACAACAUUUGCUAUGGGACAUCUAAUACAGAGGAAAAAGGCCCAUGUAUUUGGUGAUGAUCUCAGCUUGGUGACAUUAUUUCGUUGUAUCCAGAACAUGCCUCAGUCUUAUCCAAACAAUUCAUGCUAUACUGCUGGCAUUGCAAAACUAGAAGAAGGGGAUGAGCUUCAACUUACAAUACCACGGAAAAGAGCCAAAAUAUCACUGGAUGGAGAUGGCACUUUUUUUGGUGCAGUUAGACUCUUGUGAUGCUCUGCAUUUAUACAUCAUGCUUAUCAACAUUUCUUCUCUUUGUGUCAUUGAAAAACAAAUUGAAAUACAAUAAAGCUGCCAAUUCAGUCUU